GUAAAUAUAUGUUUUUAAUAUUAAACUGUUGUUACAAUGUCAACCACCAAAUACCAUUACCUGUCAAAACUAAAAACAGGAAGACAACAUGGAAAAAUUAAGAUCAGAAUUAUGAGAUGCUGGAGAGGAGCAACUAAGGCAGGAGUGCCAUUCAGGGGAAUCAACUUGGUAGUCAUGGAUGCUAUGAACAACAAGAUCCAUGCCUUCAUUCCAGGACAAAAUGUGGACAAAUUUGAAGAGAAGAUAAUAGUACCAAAUUUGUUCAUAGUAUCAGACUUUGAAGUACAAGCUUACAAAGCGGACGACAAGUUCAGAUGUCUACACAAUACCAAGCAACUCAUAUUUGAUGGUGAGACAAAAAUGAAGGACAUAGAAGAUGAUAAUAGUAUUGCAAAGGAGGAGGUAUUUGAUUUUUAUGAUCAUGCAGAUUUGAAGAAUAUUGCAGAUAAAAAUUUGUACUUGACAGACUAUGACAAGCUACACCCUUUCAAAAAUAGAUUUGGAAUAGACCAAGUUCAGAUGAAUUUCUCUAUUACGGAUGGGAGUUCAAAUGUGAAAGUCACGUUCUGGGAUCGCAUGGCUGAAAUUCUUAAUGAUGAAAUGGCAAAAGAAACUGAAACUCCAGUGAUAAUCAUCAUAACAAGUUGCAAAGUAGGCUUAUGGAAUGGUGCAGUGCAAUUAUCUAAUACAGCUGCGUCAAAAUUCUAUCUAAACUCAAGUGAUCCAAGUGUUAGAGAACUCAGAAAAAUCUUGAAAAAACCAGGUACUGUUUUAAGAACUAUGGGGAAACCAAAAAGGAAGAUACCCGAGUUGCAUUCCAUUGACUCAAUUCAUACUCUUGGGAAAGAGUACAUAGAGACAGAGGUGAUUACACACGUAAAGUUUGUGGCUGUUGACGAGAGUGUACCAUGGUACAGAAAUGUUUGCACCACCUGUUGGAAUGAAGUGCACAUCAACAAUGACCAGUUCUUAUGUUCUCUAUGUAACAGAAUAAUACCUAAUGCAGAUAAGAAGUUUCAAUUAGCAGUGAUGGCAUGUGAUAAUAGUGGUGAAUUACAGAUCCUUCUAAAAGAUCGUCAAGUCAAGACAAUCAUUCGCAAGAGGGUUUUCGACAUCGUAGAUCAGCCCACUACAACAUUUACGCAAAUUCUAAAGGAUCUGCUCAAUCAAAACUACACUGUCAAGAUUUUGAUCAGCGAUGUCAAUGUUCUGAAGGAUGUCAAAUUGUAUUUAGCAACUAAUAUCUGCAAAGGAUUCCAUGAUCUGGCUGUUCACGAAUCAGAAACCAAGCAAGCUGGCCAUGCACAGCCUUCAUCUUUAAGCACUCAUUUACAAGGUCUCUCUCAGCUGAACUUUGAUUCCCAGGGUGUUAGCAACACAACCUACAGUUAUGCCGAAUAAGCCAUUUCUAAGAACACCAGCUAAUGCUUUUGGAAGAAUGAACACGUAAUAUGAAUUUCAAUGACUAUUAUUUUGUUGUAAUGAUACUACUUGGACUACUUUCUACUAAUUGUCAGCCUCAGCAGACAAUUAACCAUGCUGUAUAAUGCUUUUGAUUAUUCUGAAAUUUUAGUAUUCAGAUUUUAUCAUAUUAACAAUGUAUUGGGAAUUAUAUUGUAAACAUUCUGCUA